GUGUUUGCAAACCACAACUUUAAACAUCAGCCAACCGCUCCAAUCAACAAGAGUAUCCCCUGUUAAUUUUUCUAUUUUUCAAGAUGAGUAACAGUAAACUAAUUCCCAAGCUCUCUACCCAUUCUCCAGUCCGUCAUGCCAACUUCAAUAUCCAGCCCACACACCCACCUGUUAAGAAAGAAGACUUACAUCUGAUUUCAAGAGACUCCUUGGAAUCUGAUUCAGAAAGCCUCACUCAAGAGAUUAAGUCUCAGCCUGAACUUGAGGACCAAAUCCAGGACAAUGAUAUGGAGCCUGACAGCUUAGAGGAGGACAGCCUGAGUGAGACAGAAGAGGAAGCAAGCCGAAAAGCAGCUCCAGUGGCCGGCGAGGAAAACCUCCAUGACCAGGACAACAGCGCCAAUAACAGAGUAACUGACAAGACGUCUAUUCAAAAUGCCAAAGAGACUGAAAAUGCUGCCAUCGAUCCUGAAGACAAAUGGCAUCAAAGAGCACAACAGCUAAAGGAUCAUCAGGAACAUUGGUCUCAAUAUGAAAGUACAAAAUCAAGCAAUGUAGCAAGAGGUCGAUCUUCUGAAACAGCUAAUAGCCAGCAACCUUCCAGAAAACCAGCCAAGCCCAAGAUUAGAAAACAGCAUAAACGCCAGAAGGGCCUGAAGUCUUUCAUGACCAAAGAGGCAGUUGUCAGUCAAGAAAACCAGAAUAACACUCCCAGACAGCAACGAAACCAAAAUAAGCCUAUUGAUACUUCAAUAAAGCAUGAAUCAAUUGUGAUUAUGAAUGCCUCCAAGAAUGAUGUACAAGACUCAAGUGCACUUAGGAGCCAGAAUCCCAAAGUAACCUCCAAUACAUUUGUUCCACCAAAACAGGCUUUUGACAAGGCAUUAUAUAAAAACUCUACUGGAUAUCACUCAGGGCUGAAUGCUAAUAGAGAAAGAGGACGCGAAGACCAAGAAAAGAAAAGAUUUUCCUAUCAGCAGCUCCACGGCAACACUCUUUCCAAUAUGGAUUUGAACAACCUUAAUGAACUUUCUAAGAGACAAGUGCUCCUGAGUCAGAAAAGCUCGCAGUCCGUCUAUAACAUCAAUGUUCAUGGACCAACUGAAAAUAAGAAACAAGUCAAACAGCCUUACACAGAGACAAAAUAUAAGAACUUAGAAAUGUUAUGGAAAUUCCAUUCUGCCUCUGAGAGCCAGCCCGUCCAAGCUUCUCCAGACUCGCGGCUCACUCAGAUAAUGGAGCAGCAUCAGCAAGCCUUGGUGCAGCUGACGGAGGUGCAGCCCACCACAGGGGCCUCAUCCAGCAUCACACUCCCCCCUAUACUGUCAAGGGUAGAAAGUGAAUCCCAACUCAGUUCAGAGAGAAGCCAAAGAAACCAAAUGAAAAUUAAUCGUAGCAAUUCUGAAGGUUACCUGUUUCAACUGGAAAAAGGAAAAAAACAUAGGAAAAGGAGCGGCAUUAAGAGUUCCAAGCUGAAAGGUUAUCAGAAAAGAGACGUGAAGCUUGGUGGCCUCGGACCUGACUUUGAGUCCAUCAGAGACAAAAUGCAAAAAUUAAUACAGCAAAAGGAAUACGCAAAACAAGUUAAGGAGUACAACAUGAAGACCCUAUCUGUUCUGUCAAAGCCACAGACAGCAAAAAUUGAAAAUAAAUCUUCCAUCCCUCGACAGAAGGCUUUGGAAUACGCUAAGACCAUCCCAAAACCCAAACCAUCAAAUCUGACUGAUCAAGCAUCAAAGGAGAAAAGAAAUCCAACCUAUGCUGGAAAAGAAGAAAGUUUACCUGAAAUCUCACUGCUGGAAAUACUGCAGAGCAGACACGAAAGGGAAAAACAGGCUGUGGCUGCUUUCAAAGUCCUUCACAUUGUAUAGACAACCUUAGGUAGGAGACCAAAAGCGCUCCAGGAAUGGACAUGGAGAAAAGAAACCCCAACCAACCUGUCUGCACUGGGAGUGAUGACCUAUCAUUCCUAUCGGUAUCAUCUAACUGCAGUCCACGUUUGCUUUUUGCAGGAUUUAAAAUACGGGGCCCGAUCAGAUUUUAGUGCCAUAUUUUACUUUCUAGGAAGAAAAAACUUUUCAAUUAUUUAUUUUCAAAUCAAUUAGAAUUUGGGCUUCAGUAAGAACUAGAGAAUAAAGCCUUUGGUUUUAUAUUG